AUGGGGUCGAUUGGCGACGUUAGAGUUACUACUGUAAGCAUACACAGUGGAUUACCCAACAACAACUUGUUGUUGAACCUCAACCUGCCCAUGAAUUGGCCGAUGAUGGUUACUGUUACAAGACCCACCGAUAAUGUUGUCUACCGCCGCAACCGUCGUGAUGUCAGACAAUUGCCCAGCAACGAAUACUUGCCUCCUGUUCGAAAACAAACCCAAGUUGUUGAAUCGGUAGCUCCCGUCGCUGUCCCAACCAAAGUAUAUUUGCCCCCAGCCCAACAACAACUUGUUGUUGAACCUCAACCGUCCCAUGAAUUGGCCGAUGAUGGUUACCGUUACAAGAUCCACCGUCGCGUUGUCUACCUUCACAACCGUCGUGAUAAAUUCUUCCUCGUUGUAUUUGCAGUUAUUGCUGCUGUCGCUGCUGACGUCAGUCAUUUGCCAUCCAACGAAUACUUACCCCCAGUACAGCUAGAUACCUCUGUUCCUGCUCCCACCAACGAAUAUUUGCCCCCAGCCCAACAACAACUUGUUGUUGAACCUCAACCUGCCCAUGAAUUGGCCGAUGAUGGUUACCGUUACAAGACCAACCGUCGCGUUGUCUACCGUCGCAACCGUCGUGAUGUCAGCCACUUGCCCAGCAACGAAUACUUGCCUCCUGUUCAAGAACAAACCCAAGUUGUUGAAGAAGUAGCUCCCGUUCAACAAGUUGUUGUUGAACCCCAACCUGCCCAUGAAUUGGCCGAUGAUGGUUACCGUUACAAGACCCACCGUCGCGUUGUCUACCGUCGCAACCGUCGUGAUGUUAGCCACUUGCCAUCCAACGAAUACUUGCCUCCUGUUCAACAACAAAGCCAAGUUAUUGAAUCCGUAGCUCCCGUCGCUGUCCCAACCAACGAAUAUUUGCCCCCAACCCAACAACAAGUUGUUGUUGAACCUCAACCUGCUCAUGAAUUGGCCGAUGAUGGUUACCGUUACAAGACCCACCGUCGUGUUGUCUACCGUCGCAACCGUCGUGAUGUCAGCCACUUGCCCAGCAACGAAUACUUGCCUCCUGUUCAAGAACAAACCCAAGUUGUUGAGGAAGUAGCUCCCGUUCAACAAGUUGUUGUUGAGCCUCAACCUGCCCAUGAAUUGGCCGAUGAUGGUUAUCGUUACAAGACUCACCGCCGUGUUGUCUACCGCCGCAACCGUCGUGAUGUCAGCCACUUGCCAUCCAACGAAUACUUGCCUCCUGUUCAAGAACAAACCCAAGUUGUUGAGGAAGUAGCUCCCGUUCAACAAGUUGUUGUUGAACCUCAACCUGCCCAUGAAUUGGCCGAUGAUGGUUACCGUUACAAGACCCACCGUCGCGUUGUCUACCGUCGCAACCGUCGUGAUGUCAGCCACUUGCCAUCCAACGAAUACUUGCCCCCUGUUCAACAACAAAGCCAAGUUGUUGAAUCCGUAGCUCCCGUCGCUGUCCCAACCAACGAAUAUUUGCCCCCAACCCAACAACAAGUUGUUGUUGAGCCUCAACCUGCUCAUGAAUUGGCCGAUGAUGGUUACCGUUACAAGACCCACCGUCGUGUUGUCUACCGUCGCAACCGUCGUGAUGUCAGCCACUUGCCAUCCAACGAAUACUUGCCUCCUGUUCAAGAACAAACCCAAGUUGUUGAAGAAGUAGCUCCCGUUCAACAAGUUGUUGUUGAACCUCAACCUGCCCAUGAAUUGGCCGAUGAUGGUUACCGUUACAAGACUCACCGUCGCGUUGUCUACCGUCGUCAUUAA